CCCCUCGAUCGGGUUCGAUGGCUAUACACGAUUGUUAAGCAGCCAUCGAACAUCAACAGCGAUCAAAAGAUGAAGGUGCUUCUGCUCUCCGGCUUUUUGGUUCUUCUGGCGGCCUCUACAGUGUCUGCAAAAAUAUCCCCCGAUUGGAGCCGGAAGUGCGGUCCCAAUGAGGUAUUCAAGCAAUGCGUGAGCAGCAGCUGUGCCGAACUCAAGUGCGGCAUGGAACGCAUGCCACUCCAUUGCACCAAAGACUGCGUCAGCGGCUGCUUCUGCGCUCCGGGCUUCUACCGUAAGGGGCACACGGAAUGCGUUCGCCGGAGCGAGUGCCUUUUCAAGCCCCUCAAGCCCAUGCCUAUGGCUUGAACGAAUUUCAAGGCCGUUCCGUACCUCACUGGCGAGAGUGAACUGCUACUAAAUAAAACUAGAUGGUAUCAGAAGAAA